AUGCAGUGGCAGACGAUUCGAGACUAUAAGAGGGGCGAGACGCCUCUGGGCGUUCCUCAGCAGAAUCAAACAGAGGAGGAGGAGGAUGACGAUGACGAUGGUGACGAUGAGAUGACAGAGGAAGAAGAGGAGGAGGAACAAGAUGGCAUGGAGGAUGGGGAAGAGGAAGAGCAGGAAGAAGAGGAAGAAGAUGCUGACCAGGACGAUGAUGUCAGUGAAGAGUACUGA